AAAGAUUAAUACGUGGUUUUAUAAAACUGUGGAAAUAUUAAUGGCGUUGCAUAGUGAAGCAGCCAAACAGUGCCCCUUUCCGAGUGGUCUUGAACGCACCGUUCGAAAGUGAGGUUGUGUUGUGGUCCAGUUUCGCGGACCAGCUAACUCUUCCCUCCAGCCUCCGGCAUGCCUGGGAAGUGCAAAUUCCAAGAGUCGUGGCUCUCCAAAGAUGUCUACAAAAACUGGCUGGUUAAGGACACCCAGGACAUUCACUUCGCCAGAUGUAGGGCCUGUUGUAAAUCCAUUAAACUUCAGACGAUGGGCGAGGCAGCGCUCACCAGCCACGCUGGGGGAGCUGGCCACAAAGCGGCGGUGCGCAAGCUUAUGGAAGGUAACUUGAGGACAAUAAAUGUUGCUGGGCAGAUGAACGGCACCUUGAGUCGGGCGGAAGACAGCAAGGAGCAUGUGGCUAUCUGCCUGCAACGUCACGACCCGGACAGGCUACCGGGCAACGACUGGUCCGAUCUGCAACACAGCCCCGCGUCAAAUUCAAGCCCCGGCAAUGCCGAGCUACCGGACACGUCCUUUCCCACUACCUACUUAACUGCGGCAGGCACCUCCGGCUUUCUCAGCCAGCGUGCGGUCUCGUCUGCAGGCGUCCGCACUCAUGAUCCGCACGAUCACCAGCAGAGGGCAGAAGUCCUGGAGCAGCAGCAGCACAUGAGGCUGCUGGAGUGGGAGAACCGAAUGAAGGUGCUGGCAUGGGAGCAGGAGCUGGUGCGGGAGAAGAUGCGAGCGGCUCGCCAAAAGGUGAAGGCCUUCAGGAUGAAGAAGAAUUACUACAAGGCCAAGCUGAGGAGGAUGGGAGACCAUGUGCCACCGUCCUCCCCCGGCAGCAGCGACGAAGAAAGGGGCCCUGAUCCCACGGGAUGAGCCCAGUUUGUACUUUCAGCUAUUUAGCGCUGGUCCAACAUGCCACUGAACUAUUUUCACACAUGGUUUUCUACCUUAAUGCUUAUUGAUCGUCCGUUGCCUCAUUAGCCUCUCCUGCACAAGAACAUUUGCAAGUGUAGAACAAGGUACGACAUUAGGCCCACUUAUUUUUUUUCCCAUUGUUAUUACUAUUUAAGUGAGCUUCAAGGCACCAUUUAAAAGUAUUCAGAUGUAUAUAAUAUUUCACCACAGACAGAAGAAUAGCUUGAAAUGCCACCCGACAUUUAAGUAAGAGGCAGAGCACUCCCUAGACUGGUCGUCAGUCAAUCGCUACACAAAGACAAACAACCAUUCACAGCUACAGUGUGGUUUGGCAGAUGUACUUGGUCACUUUGCUGCCCGGGGUCAAAUCGAUGUGUCAGUCCUGAUGUCAGCACCCACGGAGAAUUUAACAUAACUGAAAUCAGCAUAUUUACUGUACCUAGAUUCGUGGAUACAUAUUUUGGAAUCUGACGCUGACGGCGUUCGGUUAAGUAUUUGACUUUAAUUUGAGUCGUUAACUUAUUCCUAAACUUGAAUGGCAGUUAAAAAUGUUGAACUAUGUCUUCAAACAUUGCCUUCUGUGACAAUUUUACCCUGGAACUGAUUUUCUUUUCUGUUUCUAUUUUUAAAGAUACAGAAUGCUAAGGUAUAUAAACUGUUAUCACAAAUCCCAAGCAAUCACAAACGAUGUGAUGUCAUGUUAUUGAUCAUCUUAAUGUUAUCUUGUUUUUAGUCUUUGAGCAAAAUACAAUGCCUUGAAGAA